AUGCUCAGCAAGAAAAGAAGUACAUCUCAGACACCAACAAAAUACGGAUCAUCAUCAUCUCUGACAUCUAGAAGCCGAGAAAUGAAGAAGAUUAAGAAGAGCAGUUUGGAGGAGUCUGAAGAGGCUUUCCACUCCCUGAUUUCUAUUGAGAACGAAAAUAUUGACAUUACAACAAAUCCAUUGUAUGAGGAAAUUUCAAACAUUUUUCAUGAACAAUUAAACGUGGCCACUGAACAGAGCUCCUCUUGGAUGGACUAUUAUUCCUUUAUCAGCAAACUAAAUAAGAUUCUCACAAGUCAAGAAGAUUCAAGAUCAAUGAUUAAUGAAGAAAUAUUUGCUCAAUUGAAGGAUAUUCCAUCUCAAAGAAUAAUGACUGUGUAUAAUGAAUUUCUACAAUCACAAAAGUCUCUUCCUGAUAAUGUUUGGGAAUCCACUUUGAUGGGAAUGAUUGUUAAUAUUCUUAAUCACCAAUUUAAAUUUAGGAAAAUCAUUAUUUUCGGAACUCAAGAAGCAGUCCAAUAUGUUGACUCAUAUGCUGUUAAAGGUACAUCACUCAAGAACAAGGCAAGGCUUAUUCCAGACGCCUCAGACGGAAUAUCUUUUGGUUACGCCAUAAGAGAGUCCGAUAUUUUUAAUUUAUCUUCCACAGAGGGAAUUAUUGCACUAACAACAUUUAUUGAAAGUAUGUGCGAAAAUGUUUGCAAUUUAGGAUUUAAUGAGGAAGGGUUUGAAGAAAGUGCACGUCUUUCUUCCUCAAGCACACCAAUGAGAGCAAAAACUCAAUCAUUAGAAAGAAUUGUAAAGGAAAUGGAUGUGAGAUUUGGUACAAACAAGCCGUCUAAUAUACACACAAAUGAAUUUGAAAAUCUUGAAGAAGGGAAACGAGUUUCAAAGAAAAUUCUUUCUGAAAUGUUUGUCAUUGGAGAGCAAAUUGGGGAAGAACAAGCAAAAGCUUCCAAUAUUGUUUAUAUAUUCAAGAAUUCGAAUCCAUAUGUUUUCGUCAGAUCAUUCAACAUCACCUCAUUCGUUGGAAUAUUUUAUUGGGCUGAAACGGUAUUUGAUCUGAAAUCUUAUCUAUUUUCUCUCUCUAUUAAGAAAAAUCAAGAACAACUAUGGAUGAAAAUUCUUGAUGAACAUCGAAGUGAUGAUUCAAGAAGUCGCAGUGAACAUGAACAUGAUGAAUCAAGUAGAAAUUUCCAUCAUGGACACAAUCAACAAUCGAGAGGUACCUCUUUUGAACCACCCUUCAAGUUUAUUCCUGACCCAAUGAAUGAAAUAGAGUGCGCUAUUGUUUUAGAGGAACUGUUGGCCUUGAAAAAUUUCCAGUUCUUACCAAGCUCUAUGAGAUGCGAUACAUCAUGCACCAGUUUUUAUGGUUCUGCAUUUUCUCAACUCUAUGGACCAGUCUCAGACGGAAUAUCUUUUGGUUACGCCAUAAGAGAGUCCGAUAUUUUUAAUUUAUCUUCCACAGAGGGAAUUAUUGCACUAACAACAUUUAUUGAAAGUAUGUGCGAAAAUGUUUGCAAUUUAGGAUUUAAUGAGGAAGGGUUUGAAGAAAGUGCACGUCUUUCUUCCUCAAGCACACCAAUGAGAGCAAAAACUCAAUCAUUAGAAAGAAUUGUAAAGGAAAUGGAUGUGAGAUUUGGUACAAACAAGCCGUCUAAUAUACACACAAAUGAAUUUGAAAAUCUUGAAGAAGGGAAACGAGUUUCAAAGAAAAUUCUUUCUGAAAUGUUUGUCAUUGGAGAGCAAAUUGGGGAAGAACAAGCAAAAGCUUCCAAUAUUGUUUAUAUAUUCAAGAAUUCGAAUCCAUAUGUUUUCGUCAGAUCAUUCAACAUCACCUCAUUCGUUGGAAUAUUUUAUUGGGCUGAAACGGUAUUUGAUCUGAAAUCUUAUCUAUUUUCUCUCUCUAUUAAGAAAAAUCAAGAACAACUAUGGAUGAAAAUUCUUGAUGAACAUCGAAGUGAUGAUUCAAGAAGUCGCAGUGAACAUGAACAUGAUGAAUCAAGUAGAAAUUUCCAUCAUGGACACAAUCAACAAUCGAGAGGUACCUCUUUUGAACCACCCUUCAAGUUUAUUCCUGACCCAAUGAAUGAAAUAGAGUGCGCUAUUGUUUUAGAGGAACUGUUGGCCUUGAAAAAUUUCCAGUUCUUACCAAGCUCUAUGAGAUGCGAUACAUCAUGCACCAGUUUUUAUGGUUCUGCAUUUUCUCAACUCUAUGGACCAGUGUUUGUCAAGGGCACUGUAUUCAGAACGGAAAAUGAAUCCGUUAUGAAACACCUUGUCACGCUCUCUCAAACCAGAUCAACUUUUUCAAACAUUGUUCGAGUUUUUGAAUAUCGUGCGAUUAAUUCAAACUCCAGGUUGAUCAGUGUUGUUUUCAAUUUGAUGAAACAACACAACGACAAGUGUUUUCCUGAACUGAGAAAACUCGUUAACUCCACAGACCUCGUGAGUAUCACUAUUCAAGAGAGACUAAUCUCUUUGGACGAUUUUAUGAAUAUGCCGUCUGUUCGUCGUUGGUUGAACAAGUGUAGAAUCAAAUUUUUCAUGAACCUUGUGAGACAAUGUUUCGAAAUAUUGUUCCAAUUAGACCAAUCUAACAUUCUCCAUUCGGACAUCUCUUUUGGAAAUUUAAUGAUUCGAUUGGAUCAGGAUCAUUGA